AUGGCGCCUGCCAACGGCUCGUCCAAGCCGCGCAAGGCCGCUUCUGCUGCCGCUGGUGCUGCUCCUGCUCCUGUGGCGCCUGUUCCGGCGACGACGAUGACAACAGGCAAGCCUGCGCAGAAGAAGCCCGUGGUCCCUGCCCUGCCGCUGCCUUACGUCAAGCGCCAUGCUGCGGUUGCUGCCCCAGCUUCUCAAGCGAACAAGGCUGAAGCAAAAGCCGAGCACUCGCCCUCUCAGGCAAAACAGCACAAGAUCAAGGACACCAAACCUGGCAAGGACGACGGCCCCAAAGCUACUGCUGCGGAGCCAACGUCAGUCGCCAAUGGUCCUGAGCCCGCAGUUCCAUCGCAAGAGCCGACCAAAGCACUGCCAACCCCCAACAUCCAGCCGCAGUCGCCCAACACCGAUUCAUCCACACAGGACUCGACCGAAGCCGCAGCAACCGCCGUACAAACCAGCAGCGCCGAUGCCAGCGCGAAAAGCACUGCAGAUUCGUCAGUGGCCUCGAAAGAGCCAAGAAACAAGGCUGGACCCAAGCCUCGACCCCCUCCGGCCGUCUCGCCAACUAGAUACAACAUGCCUCCGCCUUUCCAGCCUGGCAAUAGGAUGCCCAGCAUGCAUGCCAACGAUGACGGAUCCAGGGGUCCUCGACCUCCUGCUCCCAACGGCCACGCUCAUGUCCACCACCAAGCCCACCCCAGCAACAGCAGCUUGCAUUUUGGUGUCUUCCACGAGUCCCAGAGCUCCAGCCCGGCACCUCCUCACUCUGGCGGUAUCGCCCCUCCGCCUGGCAUGCCCUACCCUGCUGGCCGCCAGCCAUUUGUUGGUCCGGGUGGUAACGGUUUCCCGCCCAUGAUGCCGUACGGCCCAGACAUGAUGCCCGUCACGACCUUUGACAAUUACGGAAGACCCUCUAUGGCUUAUGCCCCACCAGAGUCAUACCCGCCUUAUCGCAACACCUACAACCCGUCAACGCCCCAAAGCUUCCACGACUCUCAUUCCUCCAUGGAAGAAUUCAACCAGCAGCAGUUCGGCGGCGGCCGAGUACCCAUGCGCAAUGGCGGACCUGUCCCGGAAGAGCAACAGAUGCAGGGGAACGCUGGUCGCAUGUUUGCCCCGCCCGACUUCCACCGCAUGAUUCCCAACCCUGGCGUGCCGCCCCAGAUCAUGCGCCCCAGCGAUGAUGCUGACCAUCUGGCCGGAUACGCUCAACAGCAGUUUGGAAACCCAGAGCUCUCUGAUUGCUCCCUCGAACUCCGCUACCUAGACGACCGCGCGCCUCCAGUUCGCAUUGCUGGCCACAGAUUCAUCCUGAACCGCUCGCCAGAACUGGCUUCUCUUCUGCGUCAGCAGAUAGUGUCGCCAAGCCCGCCCGACCGCUCUCAACAAACUGUGCUCAUUGAGACCAAUAGCAAAUGGAUCCGUUCGGACUCGUUCUACAUGGCAGCUCAGCGCCUCUACGGGCUGCCCCUCUUGCAGUACUUAGGCCCUCGCAAUCAUCACACUGACUCGGGUGAAUUCACUGAUGCUGGUUCUAUCGUUGAACAGCUGGAUUUCGCACUCUCCUAUGCAGCAGCCGGCCAGUUGAUUGGCUGGGCGCCCAUCACUAAGCGUGGAUGCGAGGUGUCUACCCAGCUCAUCGACUGGCAGACGAUUGAAAGGGUCCUGGAGUUUGCUUUGGAAGGUCAUCGUGAUCAGGGGACUCACGAUAUUUACCGAUAUGGUGAAGGGUCCAAGAUUAUCCUUGAUGCAGUCGUUACAUUUAUCGUUCACAACUUCCCGCCCACUUUUGAGCUGGACACUGAUGUCAUUGCUCCCGUGCAGUAUGCACGCCUGCCUAUGCACUCGCCACCUCCGAGCCUGCCCACAGCCCAACAAAGCAUGGCAUCGCUGGCAGGUGAGAAGCCGGUAGUGCAGCUUGGCAAGGGACGACGCUCGCAGAAACUGACUAACAUUCAGUUUGGUGACCUGACCCUUACCGAAAGCAACCCUACCUCGGCGACCGAAACGCCAAAGGCAUCCCGCCCUGCGCAGCCCGUCUCCCAUUCCGUCUUAUCCCGAAUUCUGCUCAACAUUCCCUUCACGCAGCUCAAGAUGAUUUUGGAAUCCGCCGGCUCGGGCAACGUUAAUGGCUGGGCCAACGCCGAAUCGCGAUACCGCAUUGUCAAGGCUGCAGUUGACGAGCGCGAGGCCCGUCGCAUCAAAGCCGUAGAUGCUGUUGUUGACGGCCGAGUCCUGGAUGCCGAUGCGUUGCGUGCCGGCCUGAGAGCCCCUGAACCUCGCAACAUGCCGCAAUGGGGAGCACUUGGGUGGCAUGAGGAGAUGCUUCCCUACGGAAACCCAGAUGGCCCUUCCUUGGGACGCAAGUGGGCUCCGCUGCCAGCGCCGCAGGGCGUAUCUAUUGCUGAUUAUCCUUGA